CAUUUAAUCACAGUUCUUCGUAGGUUGAGAAUGUUUCCCGCAAUGAGGUCUCUGCUGCCCAGGCGACUCUCUGUGCGGCGGGAUUGGAUAGGUGUCCCAUCCUGGCGUUUUACUCCCUUUGGACGCUCUGAUGUCAAACACUCCUCAAACAUACCUGCAUCCACAGAGAGUGCUGCCCUUGGCUACAAACCUGUCCACGCUUUACCAGGGACCAGUGGAUGGAGCAUCCCCUACUGGAUGUUCAUCAAGGGUUACUUCCACAAGUUACAUCAGCUCCAGCUAAUAGAACACAAUAAGUUUGGGCCGAUGUGGAGAACGGGGGCUUUCGUGAAUGUGGCUGACAACAACCUGAUCGAACAGGUUUUGCGUCAGGACGAGAAGUAUCCUGAGAGGGUGGUGGGAAGCCUCUGGGCAGAACAACGAAAGGUGCAGGGGAUGGCAAAUGGCAUCAUUACUGCGGAGGGUGAGGAAUGGUACAGACUGCGGACCUUGCUUAAUGAGAGGAUGUUGAAGCCACAGGGUGCUCUGCUAUAUCAGGGCGUUAUCAAUGAGGUGUUAACUGAUUUCAUUGACCGUAUCCAGCGACUGCGCUUGGCGAGUGAAUCUGGGGUCACGGUGCGCAACAUUACAACGGAACUGCAGAAGUACACUUUUGAAGCGAUUGCUGCCAUCCUGCUUGAGAUCCGCAUGGGCUGUCUGCAGGAGAAGAUUCCAGAAGAAACGCAGAAAUUCAUCACUGCUGUCGCAACAAUGUUGCGUUCGCUGGUCUACUGCGAAUAUUUACCAAAGUGGACAAGGAACUGGCUGCCAUUUUGGAAGCAGUACCUUCAGGCCUGGGAUGACAUGUUCGCCUUUGCUAGAAAAGCUGUGGACAAGAAGAUGGUGCAGAUUCGAGAACUGAUGGACGCUGGGCAUUCGGUGGAAGGGCACUAUCUGACCCACCUGCUGACCAGUGAGAUGAACCAGUCUGAGAUAUACAGCAGCAUCACUGAACUCCUUUUGGGUGGAGUGGACACGACAGCAAACACACUGACCUGGGCCCUGUAUUGCCUUGCCAAAAAUCCAGAAGUUCAAGAGCGUGUCUUCAGGGAAAUAUGGAGCGGCUGUCCGGGAGAGCAGGUUCCAACAGCUCAGGACUUCAGCAAAAUGCCCCUGCUGAGAGCUGUCAUCAAAGAGACAUUGAGGUUGUACCCAGUUGUUCCAAACAUGGUUCGCACACUGCACAGGGACAUCGUGUUGGGUGGUUACCAUAUUCCACAGAAAACAACAUUUAUCCUAUGUCACUACGCAAUGUCCUACAGUGAACAGAACUUUCCGGACCCUCACCACUUCAAACCAGAACGCUGGCUCCGGGGAGCAGAUAGCCACAAGCACCACCCAUUCAGCUCGCUGCCGUUUGGAUUUGGUGUCCGAGGCUGCAUAGGGCGAAGGGUCGCUGAGUUGGAGAUGCAAUUGACACUGGCCAGGCUGCUGAAACGGUUCCAGCUAAAACUGGAGCCUGGGACAAAGGAAAUUCCUGCAAAGUCCAGAAUUGUUCUUGUUCCUGAGAAUCCCAUCAACCUGCAGUUACUGGACCGGCUCUGAAGAACCAGAAACAGGAAGAAUUGAUCAGGCUUAAGUUCAUCGAUCACAAUCUCUCAGGUCAUGUCAAAUGUGCUGACCUUUUCACUGUAUACUCUGUUCCAUUUCACACAGUAAUUCCUCUCCCUGACCGUUUAAUUCAGUUCCAUCCUUUUAACAGCGUUCCAGCAGUAACACAUCACAACUAGACUUCACACUUCCUUCCCGGCUCAUCAACUUCCAAUCUCUUCCUGUGGCUUGUGCCCCGCAGUUGGGAUAAUUUUCCAGCAUGGGCCUGACGGGCAGAAUGGCCUGUUCUCGGGCUGACUGGCCAUUAGACCUGGCCCAAACUGCACAGAGCCUGCAGCGUGAGCAGGAAGCAAGGAGCUGCUGACUGAGCAGAGGGAUUGUCAUCUCUCGUUGUCCUUGCAGGACCCAGACAAUCAGUAAGGAAAUAUACUUUUUCAUAACCAAACUGGGUCAUACAUAGCUCAAACACCCACGCACCCCAGCCUCCAAUAAUCAGGUAAAUGAAGUUCAAAAAAACACUUGUUUUUUGCAAUGGCCCCAAUAUUUUCUCCCAAGAUUUUCUUAACUUUUAGAUUCUGUAGACUCAGAAAUCCUACUGCACCCCUCUCAGGAGAGAGACAGGGGGAAGAUCACAGCAGAAUCUCAUAGCCACGACAUCACAUGGAAUUGUGACAAGGAUGGUUACCUUAUACACGAUGGGAUCUGCACGGGAGAUAAGAACUUAAGAACCAGGUGCAGGAGUAAGCCGCCUGGGCCCAUCGAACCUACUCCCCAGUCCAACAGGAUCAUGGCUGAUGUUUCCACGUACUCAGCUCCACUUACCCGCCCUCUCACUGUGUUCCUUAAUUCCUUUACUGUUCAAAAAUCGAACUUUGCUUUUCAAAUAUUCAGCAAGGAAGCCUCAACUGCUUCACGCGGCAGGGAAUUCCACUGGUUCACAACUAGCGUGGCUCCCUUUCAGAAGGAGAGGUUCAGCAGCCACUGCACGAGGACGCAGCACAUUCCCGAAGCUCAGUGCUCCCCGGAGGGGGGGGGGUGGAGUCCCUCCCAACACAGCCUAUUCCAACUCUCCCCGAGUUUAUGCUCAAAUCUCCUGGUCUGUUUUAAUUUACAAACUGGGAGUGGAGAUCAGUAUGUUAACUACUCUCCUUAUUCUUUCAUGGGAUGUGGCUGUUCCAGACAAGGCUAGUAUCUGCUGUUCACUCCAAAUACCGAAUGAACACAGUGGCCACUUCAGAGGGUAGUUAGGAGUCACCCACAUUGCUGUUGCUUAGAAAUCACUUGUAGGCCAGGUCAGGUCAGGACGGCAGAUCUCCUUCCCAGAAGGACAUUCUUGAACCAGAUGGGUUUUUAACAACAAUUGCUGGUUGUCACCAUCACUGAGACUAGCGUCGUAUUUCAGAUUUUUAAAUUGAAUUUAAAUUCAGCACGAGUUCCCCAUGAGAUCAGCCUGGGCCCCUGGGUCCCCUGUUCAUUAUCUCCAUCAGGUUGCCCUCAACCUAACUAUGCAUGGAUAGGGGUCAAUGCGAGAAGUGAGGUUCUUUAACUGCUCGCUCAUUGUGACCCCCCUGGUACAGCCCAGUAAGGAAUUCCAAGGAUGAACUACAGUGAUUACAAAUCUAAAUCCGGGAGAGUACGUCAUCCGGGGAAAACACUUGCAGAUUGACAGUUCCAACAUCAUCUGGUUAGCCUUCUAACUUACAGCCUGUGUAAACCUGAACUCAUAAAACAGUUCUGUCCGAGUCACAUUGAAUCUCAUUUCCCCAUCCCCCGUGUGCUCGCUGACCUGCGAUGACAAUGAACUUUGACAAGGCUCCAAGAUCCCUGCAGCCCUCCUGCUGUAGGCUCUUGUGAAUCACACAUUCCCUUCACUUCACUGUCAGAGGCUGUGCCUUCAGUUACCUGGAACUUGCGAAUUCCUUCCUGAAACUUUUGUACAGCUUCAUCUUAUCCAAAGGAAUAAACGUUGAACGCAUAAAA